AUGAAAGAUCUUGUAGGAAGGUCAAAAAAUGAAAGAAAACUUGACGGAAUUUAUAAUCGUCAGAUAAAAGAAUUAAUAAUCAAUAAACAUAAAAAUGAAAAAAGAAACAGUGACAUUUUUUUAAACUUAAGCAAACGUAGUAAGAAUGAAGAUAUUCCUUUCCCUGAAAUAUAUGAAAAGGAUAAGAAGAAAAAGUAUAUGGAUUGUUUAAAACGAAAUGUAGAAAAAAAUAAAAAAUUAGAAUGCAAAGAUAACAAUAAUAUUAUACUUGAGGGGGACAAGGAAAAAAACACAGAAGGAGAAAAUGAGUGUCGUAAUAAUAUUAAUAAUACUACUAAUAGUAAUAGUAACUCUGUUGUUACGAUAUAUAAAGGUAUAUAUAUGAUCAUUUAUAAACAUAUUUAUUCAAAAAAUAAAUUUUCCAAAAGCCUUACGAUUUUUAUUAACCUUUGUAUUAAUUAUAUGAAUAAUUAUAAUAAAAAUAUAUUUUUUUUUGCCUUUGAUAAAAUAAUCAAUACUUUUAAUGAGAAAUAUUUAUAUAAUGAUAACCAUGAUAUUUUAAAAAAUAAUAUUUAUACAUUUUAUAAUAAUAACGAAACACAUAUAAAAUGUAUGAUUUCUUUUUUUGAUAAAGUAAUAAAUAAAAUUAUAGAUAAUCGUUUUGUUAUAAAUUAUACAUAUGAACAAAAUGAAGAUAAUACACAAAAAAAAGAAAAUCUCCAAGAGUCAUUAAAAGGAGAUGAAAAUAUAACAAGUUUGAAAGAACAAAAUAUUCAAACAAAACAACAUAGUUCUAGGAAUGAUGAUCUAUGUGAAAAGGACAACACAACACAUUAUACAAUAGUACAUAUAACAAAAGAAGAAAAACAAUUUUUAAAAGCACUAAAAAUUAAAGUAUAUUACAUAAUUAUUCUUUUUAAGUUGAAUGAUAAUUUCAUAUUUAAUAAGCUUAUAGGAAUAUAUAGACAAAUUUUUGAGGAAAUACAAAAGGAAUAUAAUUUGUAUGAACACGACGAAACAAUACAAAAUAAUAAUAAUUAUGGUAAUAAUAAUAAUAAUAAUAAUAAUCAAGACCAUGUUAAUGACAAUGAUGAAAUCAUCAAUAAUUAUUUCCUUUUUCUUAAAGAUAAAUGGAUUCUACCAAAUGAAUAUCAAAUUUUUAAAAUCAAAAGAAAAGCUUUUGUUAAAUGUUUAUCAAAUUUAUAUCAUUUUAUAAACGUCAAAUGGGCAAAAACAUCAGUCGAAAGUUUACUACACGAUGUGUAUAUGAAAAAGUUUAUGUUUGAGACAUGUGAUCAAAUUAUUAUAGAGAAUAUUCAAUCAUCAAUCAAAACCAACUUCAAUAAAAGAACCACUAAAUUUGAAUCUUCUCAUGUUCUCUCCAUAGGAGAAUCAUUAAAUCCAGUAGUCGACGCAAGAGAAGAAAAAAUAGUUUCCAUUCAUGGGUCCCAUAUAUGGUCAAAUAAGCAAAUGGAUCGAUAA